AUGAGCACUUAUAGGCACAUCAAAGCCGAGCAUGAGGCUGGUUAUCGAAGUAAAGGUAAGCUCGAGAAAGCGCUAGACGAGAUGAGGAAGAAGAAGAGAGUCACAAAAGUCAGCAGUGAUGCGCAAACGACUAGCCAUAAGAGAGAUAGGGAGAAGAUACGAAAAAGUGAGCCAGAAAGAGUCAGGUGGGUUGAGAGAUAUCCUGAGAAACCCAGAGGCGAUGAAGGGAAAUCUAAGCCUGCUGAGACGGAGGCGUGGGAGCAUCAUCGGCGCGAAGAAGAGGAACACAAAAGAAGGAAAGAUGAUGAUAGGAGGAGAGAAAAAGACGUUGACCAAACAAAGAUUCGAAGUUUACCAGUCAAACCUCUCCAAAGUCAUCAGAUUCAACCGAAGCCCACGGUACCACGACAACCACAGUACCACAGUGACCAGACGACAGCCUCCGGUGAGACAAAGCCAAAGCCAAAGCUAAAUUCAGAGCCGAAUCCAAAACAAUCUUACCGUAACCAAAGCGCAAGAUCAAAGACUGUUGAACUACAAAUCCCAGUAACUAAUAGCCCCAAGCGCAACAUUUCUACUCUACCACCAGUUCCGGAGAUACGUCUCCAGCCUCCCACAUCUGCUAGAGCUCCACGUCGUCAGCCGCAUCCUGUUAUCUACGAGUCAUCACAUCCCCCUACGAACCGUCCAGCUCCACCUGUUCCAGAACCAUCUCAUUGGCAACAUUCACUUCCCCAACGGCCUCUGACCAUCCGUGAGGAAACGCUUGAGCAUGAGGUUUCAUCACAACGAGAGCCGGCAGGUAGAGGUGUAGAUGGUAAAUCCGAGAUUGGGUCAGCAGCGAGCUAUUACGAUCAAGCUCCACGUUCGCCGAUGCCAGGAAGGUACGAAGAGGGCGACGAGACAGAAUAUGAAGAGGAUGAUCAACCAGAAAAUUACAAUGAAAUGCCAUACCCAGACACACCUUCAUCACCUGUCAUACCCCCAUAUUCGGAUACGCUUCCUUCUGCAGUCGGGUCAGAGGAUCCCUCAGUUUCGUCUUCACCAGUCAUGUCCCAUACACCACGAGCUGCAUCGCCUUCCCCUCGAUCCACGUCCGUAUCCUUGCAGAGUAUCCAGAUGCCGACUCCUCAGCAAUCGGUACCUCCCACUCCACCACUGCCAUCACCACCACCUCCUCCCCCUCCUCAUCCAGCCUCUCCACUACCUGCAGUGCGGCCACCCAACAAUACUAGGAUGGCUGCUCUGUUCUGUGAAAUUAACGGGGGUAGGUUCGAAUUGCGCAAAGUAGCGGACUCGGAAAAAAGACAUCGUAAUAACAACCCGACAUCCGGCAGGGUAGUGUAUGAAGAGACGGCACACAGUCACGAUGUAGAGGAACGUGAGCGAGUUCAAGCUAGGGAAGCGAACAACCAAUCUCCAUCUCGAGGAAACAGUGCAUGGAGCACUCGCAUCUCUAUGGACGACGAAGACGAUAUACAACCAGUACCCAAUAGAGCGUUCCAAAACAACUUGGCGAAAGCUCUCCAGGCGAGGAGAUCGGGCUCAGGUACUGACACUUCUACAAGGGGACCUCGAAGAGGUUCUGAGGAUAGUUCACUAACUGCAGGCUCUAGAAGGUCGAUGAUUGCCAACGUUUCUGGGAAAUUGCGAGACGAUAAUGCACUUGUUCAGCGGCUUUCCGAAUCGGAAAGCGACGAGGAUCUUAUCUUUACUUUGGCGGCACAUAUUGCGCAGCCAGGUUGGAGCUUUGAUGAUCUGAUGAAGGAUUGA